GGCAGUGCAGGCCCCGGUGACGGCGGGUGAGGGGGGAGGGAAAGUGAGGCCGGCGCGGCCGAGGCGGGAGCAGAGGGGCGGCAGCGGCGCCUGAGAAGAGCGGAAGGCCCGCGGAGGAGGGAGGCGGCGGCGGCGGCGGCGGCGGAGGAGGGACCCCCGGACCCGCCUUCCAGGCAGCGAGGGAGGCCAGGCGGCGGCGGCGGAAGUGGCGGGGCGGCGCAGCAGGGCCUGGGCCAGGUGUACAUUCAAGGCCUUCAACUAUGGAUAGGAGAAGUGGGUUGAUAGAAGCUGUGAAUGGUGAUACCUUGCUUGAUAUGAACAGGAUCAGUACCAUGAGAUUCCCUCAUCGCUACACAAAAGAAGAACUUCUGGACAUAAAAGAGCGUCCCCACUCUAAACGGAGGCCAUCGUGUCUUUCUGAAAAAUAUGACAGUGAUGGAGUUUGGGACCCUGAAAAGUGGCAUGCCUCACUGUAUCCCCAUUCUGGAAGGACUUCGCCAGCAGAAGGGCUUAAGAAAGACUUGGAUUCAGACCGCACUUCCCUCAUGCGCAGGAUAGUGGAUCCCAGGGAGCGGGUAAAAGAAGAUGACUUGGAUGUGGUGCUGAGUCCACAGAGGCGAAGCUUUGGAGGGGGCUGCCACGUGACUGCUGCUGUCGGCUCACGUCGUGCAGGGAGCCCACUGGAGAAGGAGAACGACUGUGUCCGAGUCAUUGGAGGACGCAGGAUUGGCAGUGGGAGAAUUAUCAAUGCCCGGAACUUUGACAAAGACCACAGAGGCGGCGAAAAGGACUCAAGAGAUGCGCGGGACAGAGACCGUGAACGGGAGCACAAGGACAAGCGAUUCAGGAGAGAAUUUGGAGACGGCAAGCGUGUUUUUGGGGAGCGCCGAAGGAAUGAUUCCUACACAGAGGAGGAGCCAGAAUGGUUCUCUGCUGGCCCCACGAGUCAGUCGGAAACUAUUGAACUUAUUGGCUUUGAUGAUAAAAUCCUGGAGGAGGAACCUAAAGGGCGGAAACGAACCAGGCGGCGCACAGCCUCUCUGAAGGAAGGGAUGGAAUGCAAUGGUGGAGUAGCAGAAGAGGAAGAAGUGCAGGCUGUUCUUGGCCAGGAGACGGCAGCCAAUCAGGAAGUCCCAAGGGAAGCAGUCCUGCCAGAACCAGCUCCCGGAGAGUUUGAUUUCAAUGAGUUCUUCAACCUGGAUAAGAGUGUCCCUGGCUUGGCUUCGAUGAUAGAAGAUGUGCUGGGGGAAGGCUCAAUGUCAGCCAGUAGGUUCAGCCGCUGGUUUUCUAAUCCGAGCCAGUCUGGGAGUCGUUCAAGUAGCCUGAGGUCUACACCCCACGAAGAGCUGGAGAGGCUAGCAGAUCUAGAGCAAGGCAUUCUCUCCCCUGGUCAGAACUCGGGAAACUACUUUGCUCCCAUUUCUCUCGAAGACCAUUCUGAAAACAAAGUGGACAUCUUAGAGAUGCUACAGAAAGCCAAAGUGGACUUAAAACCCCUCCUCUCGAGUCUCUCGGCCAACAAGGAGAAGCUCAGAGAGAGCACACACUCGGGAGUGGUGCUUUCCGUGGAAGAAGUAGAAGCUGGCUUGAAAGGGCUGAAGGUGACCCAGGAGGGGGAAACGGCCACUCCCAUGAUGGCGGAGCGGCCGCCAGAGUCGCUGAACGUGACGGACUCCCGGCAGCUGAAGAAGGAUGGCGAUAUGUCUGCCUUCAACAAACUAGUCAGUACGAUGAAGGCGAGUGGGACUCUGCCUUCGCAACCCAAAGUCAAUCAAACACUUGAAAGCCACUUGAUCUCUCCUCUGGAGGUGCCAGGCCGGUCAGCUUCAAAGAAUAUUUUGCAGGAGAUCCUGGGGCCACCCCCGGGCAGGCCUGCUUCAUCCAAUGUCCUCGGCAGCUUGAUGAGUGGCCUGGAACCUGUGACAUCCCUCCUUGGCCAACGAGCACCCUCGCCGCCUCCCCCUCCAAUGUCACAGAUGUUUCCCACUCGAGCUGGUUCUGCUGAUUAUUUGAGACAUCAGAUUCCCUCCCCAAUUGGUUUUGUGCCAGGCUCUCCGCAGCUGCUUGGUGAUCCAUUUCAGGGGAUGCGGAAGUCCAUGAGCCCUGCUGCUGCACAGAUGAGUCCACUCGAGCUCCAGCAAGCCGCGUUAGAAGGCCUCGCUCUACCACAUGAAUUAGCCAUGCAAGUGUCAAACUUCUACCAACCAGGCUUUGGCAAACUGCAGAUGGACAAAAACAGAGAUGGCUACAGGAACAGGCCACAGCGCGUGACAAAAUCUUCUGUGCCCCUGGGCCACCGAGGGAAUGCAUCCUCUCCUACAGCCCCUGCAGCCUCCAUCACUAGCAUGCUCUCUCCUUCAUUUACUCCUACCUCAGUGAUACGCAAGAUGUACGAAAGCAAAGACAAAAGUAAAGAGGAGCCCAAUCCUGCAAAGCUGAAAUCCAGUGAGAGAAAUGAAGAGAGCUUGUUGCCGUCUAGGUCUACAGAACAUGUCGAUCAAGAGAAUGCCCCCUCCAUAGGUACCAAAUUAGCAUCACUGCAGCGCUCUACAUGCUCAACACCACUGUCCCAGACGAACCGUUGCACCAAAGAGCAAGACUACAGGCCGAAGUCCACUGGGAGAAAGACUCCUACCUUGGCCUCCCCAGUAGCAGGGCCCCCUUUUCUCCGUCCUAUCAGCCAGGUCCCCCUAGUUCCUCACGUGCCGAUGGUACGGCCUGCGCAUCAGCUGCCCCCGGGAUUAGUCCAGAGGAUGUUGGCGCAAGGUGUGCACCCACAGCAUCUCCCACCCCUGCUGCAAGCAGGGGUGAUCCCUCCUGGGGUGGACUUGACUCACUUGCCGGGAGUCUCUGCUCCCAUCCUUGGCCAGCCUUACUAUCCACUGCCAACAGCUGGCCAUCCUCUCUUGAACCCUCGCUCUGGGACACCUCUGCAGCUGGCCAUGAUGCAGCAGCAGCAGCAGCAGCUACAGAGAUCGGGCUCAACCCCACAGGGAUCUGCUGUUGGUGUGCAGACAGCCGCUCAGAAUGUGCCGUCUCGGACUGGCCUGCUUCACAUGCACUCGCAGUUGGACCAUCGUGCUAACCCGCGAAGCGGCUCCCCCGUUGGCCUGGCAAAAUGGUUUGGCUCAGAUGUCUUGGAGCAGCCCCUCCCUUCCAUGCCCUCCAAAGUGAUCAGCGUUGAUGAACUGGAGUACCGGCAGUGAGCAGCCAUGCUGGAGAGCAGGGAUUUGUGCUGCCGCUGCUGCCGCCACCGCCUGACACCGAUGUCCUCUUGUGCUUCACCGGUCUCUUGUGCUGAGGGCUCUCUGGUUUUCGCACUCUGUGCAGAAUUCUCUCAAGCGUACAUGGGCACCUGUGCUGGGUCCAGGUCUACAGCAAGACUAAAGAGUCUAGACUGACCAGUGCACCCUGAGGAAAGUUGGAUGCAAGACAGUACAGGUUUAAUUCUGGAAGCCUCUUUUUGUGUUUGUAAGAUAUGAAUAAAAUGCUGAUGUCCUCUUCAGGUAGAGAGGGCAGCAAAGGGUUCCUCACAGGAAAUGUAUAGACAACUUGUAAAUAUUUUUGUAUAUAUAUCAACAGGAUAGCUUUUUUUUGAACCUAUACAGCUGUACAUAAGAGUAACUGGCAAAAAGUUAAGCUUUAGUUUGUGUGCCUAUGGUUUUCACUGUACAUGUGGGACUUGUUUAAAAUUAAAGUUGCAUACGUAAAGUGUGAGUGAACAGGG